AUGGUGGAAGCUCAAUCAUGGACGACGCGGCGGAUAAGCAAUCCGAGGUUCGACGCCGCCGCCACCACCACACCAACAGUCAUCGACAUCCCCGGAACACCUCCACACUCCUCCGCCUCCUCCAAUGGAAAACCCUUCUUCUUCUCCUCCCCGCACGGUAUCUCCCUCCGUUCUCACGGCGGUGUCGCCGCCUGGUUCGGUUCCAACAUAGGAGUCCUUCUCCUGAACAAGUACCUCCUCUUCUACUACGGCUUCCGUUACCCGAUCUUCUUGACCAUGACGCACACGCUCUCCUGCGCCGCCUACAGCUCCGCCGUGAUCAACAUCGCCGGAAUCAUGCUCCAUCAGCACAUCCUCUCCCGCCGUUAG